UAUAGGACGUAUUUUUCAAAAAAUCAAAAAAAAAUUAAAAUAAUAAAGAAUAUUUGAUUAUAUUAGAUUAAAACGAUAAUAUAUAUUAUAAAAAAAACGAAUAAAUAGAAGGUUAUUUUCCUUUAAAAUGUUGUUUUUUGGAAUUCAUAAAAUAACAAAAUGAAAUAGAAAAUAAUUCUGAAGAAAAAUGCGGUUUUUUAUUUAAAUAAAAUAAUCAAGAACUAAAAAUAUAUACAAACAAUUAAUAAAUAUUUAUAAAUUGGAAAAAAAUAUUAACCUAAAAAACAAUUUUAUUAACUUUUCAUGAUGAUUAUUUAGUAACAAAAAUGAUAGGAAAAGGAUCAUCUUCAAAGGUAUAUUUAGGUACAAAAAAGGAAAACGGAUAGUAGUAUGCAAUUAAAUGUUUUAACAAAAAAAACUCGACAAUUCUUCUUUUGGAAAACAAGCAUUAAUAAAUGAAAUGGAAAUAAUGCGAAAAGUAAAUAAUCCGUAUAUUAUUAAAUUAUAUGAAGUAUAUGAAAGCUAAAAUUCGAUUUAUUUUAUAUUAGAAAGUUUAAUUGGAGGCGAAUUAAUGGAAAGAUUAAAAAAAUAUACUUCUAUAAAAGAAUAUGAUAUUUAAUAAAUUAUGAAAAAUCUUUUAAUUGGAAUAGAACAUUUACAUUCUAUUGGAAUUAUGCAUAGAGAUCUUAAACCAUAGAAUUUAUUACUUAGGUGUAAAACUAAUAAUUAUGGAAUUGUUUUGGCGGAUUUGGGAUUAGCGACUUAUUAAAAGAAUGAGAAUUAAUUCCUUAAGAGAUGUGGAACGCCUGGUUAUAUAGCACCUGAGGUAUUAAAAUAUAAGGAUAAUGACCCCAUAUAUGGAUUAAAAUGUGACAUAUUUUCUGCAGGAAUUAUAUUUUAUUUACUUUUGACCGGAAAAGUUCCUUUUUAAGCCUAAAACUAUAAAAAUGUAAUAACUUUAAACAAAUUUUGUUAAAUAAACUACGAUAUUCUUGAAUUAAAAAAUGUGUCUUAAUUAGCCUUAGACUUACUUUAAAAAAUGCUUUAGCCAGAUCCUAAUUGGCGAAUAAGUGCUUCUGAAUGUCUAUAGCAUUCUUUUUUUAAUAAGAAUAUAAUAAUAUUAGUUCAUCACUUCCUAACUUAGACAACUUGAUAAAAUAUCAAUAGAAUAAAGAAAUAGAAUAAAAUAAUAAAAUACAUUAGUUUGAUUCUUAAGAAAUAAUACUAUCCCCUAAAUUAAAUAAAUUAAAAACCAAUUUUAGCUAUUAAUUUGGAAGUUCUAACUAUUUGGAUACUCCUUUAUCUUACGAAAAACAAAAAACUUUAAAAAUUGAUCUUUCGCAGUUAAAAGCAUAAAAUUAAAUUGAUAAAAAUAAAGAAUAAAAAAAAUGAAUAAAAUAAAUAUUAAAAACUUAAUAUUAAAAUGCAAAUAAAAUUUAAAACGAAUAACAAUUAUUUA